AUGAACCACCAAACACACACAGCCAAAUUUGGGAUAUUGUUUUUCAAGCGAUUUUGGAAACUAUGCGGAUUUCUUUUUCCAUCCUGGCGUAGUGCGUCAGUAUGGCUGACUUUGUUCUUGUUGCUGCUUUGCUUGCUAGAGCAAGUUGUUACUUAUUUUAUUGGUCUGGUGCCUAGCAAGUUUUACAAGAUCUUCACAGACAAUGAUGAAUCUGGCUUUACAUCCCAUGUUGCUUAUUCAAUAAGUCUGAUAAUUGGGAAGGCAUUUCUACUGAGUUUGAAAUUCUUUGUUGCAUCAUUCCUAUACAUCACCUGGAGAAGGAGUAUAUGUUAUGCUAUUCAUAAUCAGUACUUCAGUGACAUCCUUUACUACAGACUCAAUGUUACUGACAAGACCAUUGAUAAUCCAGAUCAAAGAAUAACCCAGGAUGUUGACCGCUUGUGCAGAACAUUUAGUCUAGUUCUGGUUCCUGUUAUCAUCACACCGUUCACAAUAUGUUAUUAUAUUUAUAAAUGUUGGACAGUCACAAGUUAUCUGGGUCCAGUCAGCACAGUCACUUUCUUUAUCAUCUUUACUGUCAUCAACAAGCUGCUGAUGUCACCUGUUGCCAAAUAUGUUUACUUGCAAGAGAAGAUGGAGGGAAAUUUCAGAUUCCAGCAUAUGCAGAUACGAGUCAAUGCUGAGUCUGCAGCUUUCUACCAGGCAGAGAAUACUGAAAAACUCAAAGCCAAUCAGAAGCUUGAAAAACUGCUGUCCACUCAAGGUCGACUCAUUGCCUGGCAGUUUGCACUCAACAACUGCAUAAAUUUAGCGGAUUACUUUGGAGGAAUCCUGAGUUACAUUGCAAUCUCCUUUCCAAUAUUUUCUGGAAAAUAUGCAAGUCUGUCUCCAGGGGAUCUGACAGCACUGAUCAGUCAGUAUGGGUUCUACUCAAUCUACCUGGUCAACUGUUUCACAACAUUAAUAGACCAGUCAGCACAAAUGACUGAUGUCAUUGGAACUGCUCACAGAAUAGGUCAGCUAUUUGAAGAACUGGAGAGGCUGAAAGAUGAACAUGGUCAACUUGAAAACUGUACCAAUUCUUCUUCUGAAACAGAGUGCCUCAUAAAUGGGGAUGUUGACCACCGGUCAAUAGAGGUCAAGAGUGCAGCAUUUGAUGUCCACAAUUUGACAUAUGGGCAGCCUAAAUCUUGUCACAUUUUGUGUAAAAACCUGACCUUCCAACUGUCGUCUGGUAUAAACGUCUUGGUGACUGGAGACAGUGGUUGUGGAAAGACGGCAUUACUUCGAAUUUUGAGUGGAUUGUGGAAACCUGUCUCAGGUGUCAUCAACAAAAAUGUGAAUCUGGGUCCAACAGGAGUGUUUUACCUGCCUCAGAAACCUUACCUCACUGAUGGAACCCUUAGAGAGCAG